AUGUCUUUCCUUCAUGGAGUUCUUGAGAGUGUGAAGGAAGAUGAUAACGUUACAACAUACAAUAAUUACAUUAAAUCAUCAAAUAUUUAUGAUGAUUUACAUACUGUCCUUCAAAAUCUCCAAUCUUCAAUUGGCCAGGGACGCAGUGUCUUUGGUGCGCAGGUUGAAAAGGUGAAUGACAGGACUACAGGAGUAUCAUUUGAAUUAGGUAAAUAUGUUACAAGUGUUUCAAGUCAAGCAGAGAAGCCACUCAAGGAGCAACUGGACAGCUGGACCAAGACAGUGGAAGACAUUAAUAAUCACAUUAACGACAACAUAAUCACUAAUGUUGAUAGAUUAGACCCCGCACUUAGCGAUAAGAUAAAGCGUGAAAUAGAGCCCGUGCGAAAGGUGGUGGAGCAGUUGGGGAGGGUGGCUGGGAAUCCAUUCGUGGUGGAUCAGGCCAAGGAUGUCGACGGCCAGUUAGAAUGGCAGAGGAAAUAUGUCGAAAAUGCUAUUAUACAUGGCAGUGACCAUGUAAAAAGCACCAUAGAAAAUAUGUUUCACGCAAUUUUCGAGAACAUUAGGAAGGUUAAAAAAGCGCGGCGUACCCACAUUGACAGUAUCGUGUUGGCAUUGAAUAAUGCGCAAAUAUUCCUGGAUAAGCAAUUUGAGUGGAAUUAUAAGACAGACAUUUUGAACCAUUUUGAUACUAUAAAGCACAACGUUAGUCAGGUUUACAAUACACUAUUCGACAAAAAAGCAGAGCUUGAGAAAUUAGUAAGCGAAAUGCAGGGGAAGUUACAAAAGUUGUCGACAACUUUUGCAGCUAGCGUCAAACAGUGUGUCCAAGCGGAUUUGAUUAAGUUGCAGGAGGAGAUUGAUAAGCUUAAAAAUGGCAUUGGUGACGAUAAUGUUCUUGUUAGUGGUGCGUUGAAGUUGCUUAAGGCGGCUUUGGAUAAACUUAAGGAGACGACGGAUCCAAUUGCGUCGACCUCAAAGUUGCUUGGAGAGAAGUAUGAGAGCGAUUUUAAAGAGAAAUUCUAUAAUUUUGCGGACUCGCUUGGAUCGGCGAAAUUGGGAGAUUUCAAGUCGGCAUUACAGAGGUAUUCCACUUCCUUGAGUGAAAAGAUUCAGAAGUUGGAAAGCAUUAAAAAGGUCACAAAUUCAAAACAACUCACUGUCCAGUCUUCUCAAUCUCAGAUUCAGGAUCUAGUAGGACAAUUAAAUAUUGAAACCGAUAUGAUUACAAGGAGGUAUAAUAUUCUGUCAACUAGCGGUGGAACUGCUGUCGAUGCAAUGGCCUUUAACAGGGCAGUCGACAAAGUCGCAGGUGCAAUUAACAAACUGAGUGAAGAACUUCAGAAAACGGUUCAGGAAGCCUAUGGUGAUAUUAAUACAUCAUCCACUAAUGGAGCAUUAUCAAGUGCUGUCGCACAAAUUGAUACCCUAACCAAUUUGAAAGAUGCUGUUUACGGUUCAGGCGCAAAAUCAUCCGAUCAACCCCAACCGAAGUCUCUUGCUAAGCAUCUCACUGAGUUAACCGCCGCAAUCGGUGAAGCCGAUAAUGGGAAUCUUUCUACUGCCAUCGCAGCUUUCAACUCUAACGCUAAAGAGCGCAUCAAAAAAGUCGCCAGUACAGCAAUUGCAGCUGCCUCUAAAAAAGUGUAUGAAGAUAUUAAAAAAUUUGGCGACAACGGAGGAUGUACAAAGCAGCUUGCCGAAGCAUUAAAGCUAUUACAGCAUCAGUUAGAACAACUUGAAGAAUAUAUAAAAAAUCCCCAGACAGGUUUAAUUGACAGGAAAAUUACGGAAAUACAGAGCAAUGUUAUUGAUGAGCUUGAGAAAAUUUCUAUAAAGGAUAAAGAUGAAACACUAAGCAUAGAAAAAGUGAAGAAUGAAGCCGAUGCAAAAAUAGACCAGUUGAAGGAUGCUAUAAAGGACAAGCUUCACGUCAUACGCCUGGCCGUCAACACAGCAGACGAGACAUUGGCGCAAGCCAUCACCGCCUUGUACAACGUGUACAGUAACGCACGUCACACUCUCAUCACUGAGAUCACGAAACUCAAACAGCAUCUCUUAGAAGCCACCAAAAAUGCCUUCCAAAAAGUAACAGAUGAAAUCCGCUCCCUCUUCGCCGCCUCCCACAUCGCCGACCUCCAGGCCCUGCGCGCGCUCGUCGACCAGCAACUGCAAGCCGUGCAAACAAUAAUCGCGCGGGACGCAGUCACGGGCGUGAAGGGUUUAUUGGGGAAAUUAAAAGAAAAGUAUGUUGGUAAAAUCCAGACAUCUAAAUUUGUUCCAAAAUAUCCACUGAAAGAUGCUGCACAAGGUGUUAAUAAUGCCUUUAAAUUCUUCUUCGGCAAUCUGGAACAUCAAGAGGAUUUUGCUUUUCACUUCGGGAAAGUGAAGCACUCGUAUGAACGUCUAACAACAUUACUCACUGACCUUCAUAAUACUCAGCAUUUUAGCCAUAAAUUUAGUACUAAUCUAGAUGCAUUAAAUAAUGAACUUAACGAUCUUUCACCUAAGCGAUUUAACUACUCCCACAACCCGCUGCUCCUCGACGCCAUCAGGUCCGGCAUGCACAAAUUCACCGAGCAACUCGGACACGCGUACGUGAAUAAAUACAGUGGGAAAACGGUAACGUGGGAUAAGCCAAAAUCCCCUACAACUUCAACCUCUACUAAUACUGCAACUCCUACUCCCCGACCAGCGCCAGCUCCGCCUGCCGCUCCACCAAGUGAACCAUCCGAAGACGCAAUGAGAUGCGCCAAAAUUCUGGUUACUAUUAUGGACGGGGUACAAAAACAUUUGGGCGAUUUAAGUAGAGAAAGUAAUAACAAUAAGACUACGCAAAUUCAUUCCGGUUUAAUUAAUAAACCUGGCGCCCCUGCGGGUAAAAGUGGAGCACAACCGGAACAAAUUAAAAAUGCCCUAGGAACAGCCUUCGCAGCCCGAGGCUUCAAUGUGGCGACCGACAAGGACAAGCAGGACGGUGAGCUACAGAGAUCUGAGAACAUGAAAGGUCAAAUAAUAAAUGAGAAACUUCUCAAUGAAAAAUCUAUCAACGUUACCGGAAUUAAAUCCCUUUAUGAGUGGACCACUGGUAAGGCAAUUCCUACUUCUUCCGAAGCUACGCAGAAUAACAUCUCUCUCAUCGAGUUUGUCGAUUUCCUUCGCUAUCUUUUCCGAAAGUAUUAUGAAGUAUGCCAGCAUAUUCAUAUCGAUAUUCCCAAGCCGCCGUCUAAUAUCUACCAGAUGAUGUGUUGGCUGUCCGGGUUGUACUUCAAUCCGAUGUACGAGAAGGUGAAGGAACAAUUUAAUGGACUUUUUGAUAAGGAUAUCAAGCAGUUAGCUGUUGUCGUACCAGACAGAGAGAAACACACAAAAACUGAAAAUCUUAAAGCUAGUGAUUUACACACUCCACUCCAACAAGUUUGUUUGCGCUCGCAACUUACACUAACCGCCAUCCUAGGUCACGGCCAUCCUGAUGGCCGUUACGCCUGCGAUUUCCGCACAAACAUCGAUAAUUUAUUGUAUCCAUAUGCUCCAUCACAGUGUUUAGACAUGCUUGUAGAUAUUUUGAAGAGAGUGUGUCAACAAACAUACUUCCUAUACCUACAAUGUAACAACAGCCGUAUUAGAGGCGGGUGGGCUGACUGCCACUAUGGCAGAUAUGUGGGUGGUUCAUCAUGGGACUGUAAUGAGAGACAGUGUCCCAACGAACAGUGUAACCUAAGACCUAACCAACGUGCUGACCAAAGUGCUAACCAAGGUACUAACCAAAAGUGUAACCAACAUCCCAAAUGCGGUGUUAAAUCACCCUUCAGUCCUUCCUGGAGGCCUUCCAGGUUUCCUACCGCAUACAUUUACCACACCUGGCUGUAA